AGUUGCUAAAAUGGUGAAAGUGUUGUUUUGUGUGUUUUUAUUUGUUAUUGUGCGAGCGGUGGACUAUUCUAAAGCAGGAGAAGGAUAUUCUGUAGGAUUUAUUUCCGAUUGCCCAGGCUCCUGGAAACCAGCAGCCAUAAAACCCAAGUCUUUAAAAAAGUUGUACCUCUCAGUCCUGGGUCCCGGCAACGUGCUCCAAGCCAAGUGGACCCCAUACAACUACUACCAAAUGCAGCAGUUAGCCAAACAUCCCGAGAUAGACUUUGGGAAGAAAACUUUCCUUUACGUCGGCGGAUACCUUGACGGGACGGGGUUGCCUGUUGGAAGGACUUUGGGCCAGGUGUAUAAGGAGUUGGGAUAUAAUGUUCUGCUUUUGGACUAUUUGGAGUUUACUGCGAGGGAUUUUCCUGUUGCGGUUCGUCUCACUAGGCCAGUGGGAAAUCACGUCGCCGAAAUGCUGGCCAACCUAACAACACUCGGCAUGGACCCGAAAAACCUGGAGCUGGUCGGUUUAAGCCUGGGCGGACAGACCAUGAGUUACAUAGCCAAGAACUACCGUCAGAUCACCGGGAAAAACAUCUCCUCGCUCACUGGCCUUGACCCAACCGGCCCCUGUUAUAGGCACCUUGGCCCGGACCAGAGAUUAGACCCCUCCGAUGCUGACUUUGUGAAAGUAGUAGCCACAAAUAUAGACGGCUAUGGCAUAGCAACUCCAGUCGGACAUGUCACGUUCUACGUCAACGGGGGAGAGUACCAACCUGGGGACAUCUGGUGGCUCCCAUGCGACGUCAUAUGCAGUCAUAUCCGGUCAUAUUUCCUCUGGCUUUCAGCGUUAUUGAACCCUGGAAUUUUCAUCGGAAUGCAAUGCGAUUCAAUACAGCAGGCUAGAGAAAAUAACUGCUAUGAUAGAAAACCAAUGGUAACGAAUACGAUGGAUUUAUUCACGGAUAGGAGCAAACCGGGAAUUUAUUAUGUGACGACGUUUAAUAGGUAUCCUUAUGGUUUGGGGAAGAGUGGGUUGAAAAGGAGUGGAGAGAAAAUUCUAUCGCAAUUGGCUUCCCUAAAUACUGCCGAAACGUUGUGGGUGAGAUAGAUUUAUUUGU